UGAGGGAGAAGGGGGAGGGUAAACACACCAAGGCAGACAGAGCCAUGUCUGACAUCCUCGCUCAGUGAAAGAAGGGCUGAUACAAAGCCUGGGCGACCGAGCAGAGGAGCGAUAGAGGGAAGGAGGCAGGGAGGGAGGGCAGAGUUGUGCGACGUGGAGGCUUCCUGUGGCUGCAGCUGCUGCUCUCGGUGCUGCUCCCCUCCCUGCUGCCUCCAUGCUCCUGACAGGGAAGCAGGGCAGCAUCAUCAUCACCAUCAGCACCCAGAUGCGGCGCCGCUGUAUGGGAGGUUAAUCCUGCACACACCAGCAUGGGAGCCAAACAGAUGAAAUGUCUCAGCUCGGCCAGCCCUGCUCACUCCCCCAAAGAGGAGUAUGUCAUCACCCAGUUCAGUGACACCCUUAAAGAGGAGGCCGUCCACGAUCAGGCCGAGGACCAUGGGGACCCCCGAGAAGACAAAUCUGAGCUGACAGAGAAGAAAUCUGUCGCAGAGGAGGUGUCCCUAUGUGGAUUGUGUCCCUCCCUCGGGCACAAUGUGCAGGAGGAGGAGAAGUCCUGGGAGGAGCAGCUGGACGCCCACCAGGAGCAUCUGGAGAAAGAGAUGCAGGAGGCCAGGAGGAUGGUGUUCCGCCUCCAGGCGCUGCUGCUGCACGGCUCCCUCCCUGAGGAGGACCAGGUUGGAUCCUUGAGCUUCGGCGAGAACCGGGCGAAUGCUGAGCAGCAGCUGGUUCUGAUCCGCAGUCGUCUGGACCAAAGCGUGGAGGAGGCCCUUGAUCUCAAGAGGGAUCUCCUGAGACACAAACAGGAGGUGCGACACGUCCAGGCCAUCAAGGAUGCUCUGCAGCAGCGCCUGGCCGUGCAGGAGGACGCCGUCCUGCAGCUCAAGCAGGAACUGCUGAGAUCCAACAUGGCCAAAGAUCAGCUGGAAGGGGAAAAUGUGGAACUCAAACACAAGCUGAGCGAACAGAACAAAUUGCUCAGUGAAUAUGAGCAGCAGCUCGGGAGGAAGGAGAGAAUACUGCAGCAGCAGCAACAAAAGCUGGAGGACGCUCAACAUAAAGCACACGGAGUCAGCCUGGCACGGUCAUUCAGGAGUGAAAGUGGUGGGUACAGUAACUCAGUGGCUUCAACAUCUCCUCCAUCAUUCCAACACACUGCACCGGGAGACGAGCUGCAGCUGGUGAGGGAGGCUCUCCGUAGUUUGAGGGACAGUUUUUCCGGCCACGAUCCCCAACAUCACACCCUGGACACUCUGGAGCAGGGCAUGUCCAGCCUCAUGGAACGAUUACACACCUUUGACACGCAGCGCAGACAGGACAGAGGGGAGGAAUUCAAAUCACCGGGACGCAGAGCCAACCCGACAGACCGGGAGUCCUGGCCGAUGAGCUCGAAAAUGGCGCACUCACACAGCAGCCCGGGGUUGGAUUCCACCGUUUCAACCAAAGUGCUCUACUUCACCGAUCGCUCGCUCACUCCGUUUCUGAUCAACAUCCCAAAAAGGCUGGGCGAGGUGACACUGCGAGAUUUCAAGGCCGCUGUGGACAGACAAGGCAGUUUCAGAUACCACUUCAAGGCCCUUGACCCGGAGUUUGGCACAGUGAAAGAGGAGGUUUUCCAGGACGGAGCAGUCGUGCCUGGCUGGGAGGGGAAGAUCGUGGCGUGGGUGGAGGAGGACCACGGAGAGCGGAGGUAGAGCCCGAAAACGAGAGAGCACCGCAGCAAACCUCAGUUGUUCCCACUGGACCAGAAAAACAAAUACUCCUGAUGCCAUAAGAAACAGUAACACAAUUAACUGGGACCAAAAGAGACGAAUACAAUUUCAGUGUAAAACAAUGUUUUAAAAAUGAAUGUUUCAUAAUGAAGAAUUUGACUUGAAUUUCACAUUGGAUACUUUUGUUUAUUUAAUUUUUUAAAUAAUGCGUAUCAGCCACUGUUUGCAGCUCAUACAUUAAUACGGGGGACUAAAAGUUAACAAUCAGUAAACUUGAAUCUCUGAAUUAUAUAAAAAGAAAUGUGAUUUACAAAAAAUAACAUGGGAUGAGCUUAAAAAAAAAGAAGAAGCUGUUAUCAGUGCUGAUUUUUCACACGUUCCAGAUUGCCAAACAGUGAUGUUGUUGUUUCCCCAUCCAUUGUGAUGUUUUAAUAAAGGCAAAUUACUGCA